AUGAGAUGCAUUAAUGUGGCUUUUGUUUUGGUCCUCGUGUGGACUGAAUUAGUUGGCUUGGCCGCUGGAAAAAGGGUCUGUCCUCGAAUAGCAAUGAUUAUCGGACAGUGCAAUCUUUUUGAAGACCGAGAAGAGCAUGUUUCAAUAAGAAUAACCAGUGCCAAUCUGCGCUAUGUAGGAGCCAACCACACAAAAACACAGGCUUCUUCUUUGAUAUGGGUGCAGUUUAAGAAAAGCACUACCGCGAUGGAUGUGAUAAAGGGCGCUAUAAAUAGACUUAAUGAAGCCUUGGCUGAAAAAGACUCUAAGAAUGGAAUCGUAGGACUAGUGGUUGAAUGGUGCGAUUCAGUGAGCCAUACCAAAGCAACUAAUAAGGAAUGGAACCAACUGUUUAGCAAUACCUGCAUGCGCGCGAAGAAAUCAUUCUUGGUGCUAGUAAAUUCGCUAGUAGAAGGACAAAAGAAGGAGAGUAUCAGCGAAGUAACCACCAAAAAGAUCCUCCGGCACAACCGGAAAAGAUUCCUGGAAACAUACUGGAUGGUAAGGGGCAACAGCGAAGAGCAGACACAGAAAAGAGAACUUAGCUACUGGGCAAAAACAACUCAUCGCCAAACCCAAGUUCUAGGCAUAAUUAUCCUGGACAAUACGAUUGAAACGAUUGACUUGCACCUGUCGAAGUGGUCGUGUUUAAAGAUUUCGGCAGCUCAUUCACUAUCGCUUCUUCUACUGCAUAUGCCUUUUACCCAAAUAGAAUCCAUUCACACAGACAAGCUUGGCUUCAUUUCUGUUCUUGAUAUUUGUGUGGCCGACUGGUAUGAGUCGUUGCAGAAGGUUUUUGUUAGGCCAGAACUGACUCUUGGGCUGGAGUUACUUCGAGUAGAGAGCAAAGAGACAGAUUCAAGUAAUUGGAGUGGUAUAGAGUUGAUUGUUGAGGUUAGGAUCUCGUGUCUGCACAUUCAAAAAAUCACUGGGAUUAAGGUUGGAGGACUAGGUGGAUGGGCCUUACCGGCGUCGUUGAUUUCUAUAUUCUUCGCUAUUAUAAGCCAACUAGUUCAGAUCAUUGGGCUGGAUUGGGGUCAAAGCGGCUAUUUAGUGAAGAUAGGUUUGAUGGACUACACAAUGGACUUCGCUGGAUUUAUGCAGAGCAAGUUGAGUGCUGAUAUUAAAGACAUAUACUUGCAGUAUAGCCAAGAAUGGACUAUCAAUCGCCUAAAUGCGCUGAAAAACUAUGGGCGCGAUGUUGGGCUAGGCAUACACCGUAUUGUUUCUCACGAGCUGGGUGCGGGUAGGGCGCUUGCCGAGCUUGCUAGUGUGAUGGCACUUGACCGGAAGUAUUUUGGGCAGCUCCAGGGGUACACGCCAACUAAUCUGUCUUUUGAUAUUUCACCCCUCACGAUUUAUAUGAUGUGCACAAUUAAACUAAUGAAGAUUAUGUCCAGUAUAGCCAGCCAAAAUGCGUUUAGCCCAAACCAAGCGCCGUUGGCAGCUUUUCGGCUGAUGAAUAAGCUUGUGUAUGUAAGUUAUCUAAUCCGAGCCCUUCUUUCUCACUCCCCCAAAUCUAACACGGUUAGUAUGGAAGAGUCGGGCUGGGAUAUGGACACGCAGGAUUGUCGCCAAACACUUACCAAAAUGACAAACUACUUAUUUGGGUUAGUGUUGGGUUAG